AUGGCACCAAAAUGGAAUAAGGGUCGUCAAAUAAUUCCCAUUGAGAAGAUUGAAAAUAGUAGUAAGCGCUCAGUAACUUUCUCUAAGAGAAAGUUUGGCGCUUUCAAGAAGGCAAAUGAGCUUUCAAAUCUAUGUGGAAGCGAUGUUGCAAUAAUCAUAUUCAGUGAAGGAGGAAAAGGUUUCUCUUAUGGCAAUCCUAAUGUAUAUGCCAUAUUGGAUCAAUUCAUGCAUGCCAAUUCUCAGAGAGCACUUGACUCAGCAUAUCAUGAAUUCCUUGAGGCACAAAAGAUUUCACGUGUUCGAGAGAUGGAUGCUCGAAUAAAAGAGGCAGGAGAUAAUUUCAAACUUGAGCAAGAAAGGCAAAAAAUGUUGUUAUUGGAGAUGGCUAACCAUGCUAAGAAAAGGUGGUGGGAGAAAUCUGUCCCAGAAAUGAGCUUAAACCAGUUACAUUUGAGGAAUGAUUGGAUGGUAGAACUUAAAAUAUUUUUUGAAGAACAAAGAACGUUGAAGAUGAAAGAAGAUUUGAAUCCAUUACAUUUAUUGGCCAUGACUAUUGAGAACCAAAUUAGUCCAUAA